GUAAGGCAAGAGAACGGUUCUCGACGUUAGUAGAAAGUGUAUCGAGUAUUUUUUUCGUGGUGGAAGAUGGAAGACCAAAAGCUUUACUGCUUCACUGCUUCAAAAAAGACAGAACGCCUAAAAACACUGCAAAGGAGAUUUGUGACGUUUAUGGUGAUCGGUCUAUAACUGUUCACUCCGGAAUUGAUUUAGGAGGUUUAGAGCUGGAAAUUUUAAUCUGAAAGAUGAAGAUCGCAGCGGACGUCCAUCCACCACUAAUACUGACCUUAUCAAGGCCUACCUCGAUAAAAACCCAAGGUCUAGUGUUCGUGAGAUAGCAGAUGCUUUAAACAUUCCGCGGACAACGAUUCAUGAGCAUUUAUCAAAGCUUGGGUACGUUAAUCGCUACGAAGUGUGGGUCCCCCAUCAACUGACGGAGAGCAAUCUCCUAAAUCGAAUUUCGACAUACGAUUUGCUAAUUCAGCGCAACAAAAGAGAGCCAUUUUUGAAAAAGUUAAUCACUGGGGAUGAAAGUUGGAUUCUCUACGACAACACUGCGCGCAAGUGAUCUUGGUCGAGUCGAGAUAAGUGUCCUCCAACGGUAGCAAGACCUGGACUUCAGCCGAAGAAGGUGCUGCUUUCAAUUUGGUGGGACUGUAAGGGUAUCCUCUACUACGAACUACUUCCGGAAGGGCAAACGAUCAACAGUGAAAAAUAUUGCACCCGACUCGAAAAACUUAAGGAAGCCAUUAUUACAAAACGUCUUGAAGUGGUGAACAGACGUGGCGUCGUGUCCCACCACGAUAACCCGAGGCCACACGUUUCUUUAGCGGUGCGAACGAAACUUCUAGAGUUUGAUUGGGAUGUUUUACCACAUCCUCCAUACUCUGCAUACCUCGCACCAUCCAACUAUUAUUUGUCUCUCUCUCUAAAGAAUUUUUUUCGCAAUAGAAAAUUGAAAUCAGUAAACAAAGUGAAAAACGGCCUCGAAGAAUAUUUUAAAAGGAAGCCAAGGGAAUUUUGGAAAAAUGGCACUAUAAGGCUCCCGGAGAGAUGGCAGAAGGCGGUAGGAGAGAAAGGAUCAUACAUUAUUUAAGAAAGCAGCUAUUUGAAGAUUUCUGAACGGGGUUGUACAUACAUCACAUAUCGAAGACUGAAAAUUAGAGUGACACCACAAUAUGUCCUGAAUAUAUCAAAGGAAAACCAACAAACCACACAGGGUUAGACUCGAGUGAGAUCGAUGUGAAAGAAAGAGACCCGUUACAUCGGCGUCGUAGAAAGGAAGUCGAUGAAGUGCAACCAACCACGUAGAAGAGGUAGAUGGCGAAAAACGAAGCCUGGAGAAGGAGGAAGUGAAAAAACAAAAGGGGAGGAACGAAUUCAUCGAUACGCAAUCGUGUGGCUUUUAACAGUGGCAACGCUUCGAUGUCAGGCAACGAAUCACGAGAACGGAGAGGGCGAUGGAAACGCGGAAGACUCCGUGUUGGACGAGACAACCGAGGAUUAUUGGGCCGGAAGUGGAUCUGGUCCCGAGGAUGACGACUCGCUUCACAAUGAAACCAGGGAAGCGUUAACGCAUGAGGCCAGCGAUCACGAUGCUGUUGUGUACGUUGGAGAAGGAGCAGCGUAUGUACCAAUACCAUCGCUGAAAGGAAGACCCUUGAGCCCGAAUCUUCAAGCUCUUCAGACCCUUCAAGGUCUACAAGGAAUACCUGGAGGCGGAGGAACUGGAGUGGUUGGGGAUGAGGACUGGAAAAGGCAUCCGGAGACCUGGGACCGGGAACACAGGAGAUACAGACCUAAUACUACUCGGGUUCAACAUAUCGAGGCAGAGUGUCAGGACGACUACAUGAAGAUCCGGAUCGGUUUCAACGGUUCCUUCACCGGGUUGCUCUACUCAGCGGGCUACUCCUAUGACCCGGACUGCAUGUACGUGAACGGAACUGGCCGCGACUACUACGAGUUCUAUAUUCAGCUGAAUCGUUGCGGCACCCUCGGCGAGAACACUCAUCAUCAGGACAGCCGAAAAAAUCCUACGAAAAACUUGAUGUGGAACACGGUCACAGUGCAGUACAACCCGCUGAUCGAAGAGGAGUUCGACGAACACUUCAAAGUGACUUGCGAAUACGGUUACGACUUCUGGAAAACCGUCACCUUUCCAUUCCUCGACGUCGAAGUUGCGACGGGGAAUCCUGUUGUGUUCACCCUGCAGCCACCAGAGUGCUACAUGGAAAUCAGAUACGGUUACGGGACCACUGGAACUAGAGUGGCUGGACCAGUCCGUGUCGGCGAUCCUCUGACUCUCAUUAUCUAUAUGCGCAGCAAAUACGAUGGUUUCGACAUCGUCGUGAACGACUGUUACGCCCACAACGGUGGAAACAAGAGGAUUCAGCUGAUUGAUCAAUACGGGUGCCCAGUGGAUGAUAAAUUGAUCAGUAGAUUUCGUGGAUCCUGGUCAGAGAGUGGUCUCUUCGAGACUCAAGUUUUCGCCUAUAUGAAGACGUUCAGGUUCACUGGCUCACCUGCUCUAUACAUCGAGUGCGACGUCAGAAUGUGUCACGGAAGAUGUCCAAGUCAACCGUGUCAUUGGAGGAACGCCAAGAAUGUGGCUAAACGUUCUUUGCCAGAAAUUGGUGGCCCGUCGACGCCAGCGACGAGUUUGUCAGAGAACGUUAAUCUGUUCCAAUCGUUGCGUGUUCUACAAGAAGGCGAGGCAGAUACGGAAUUCUUCCAGAAUUCCACUACAGCUUUCCGAAGUGGACCUAGUGAAUCCACGAACGACAGAGUGUGCCUUAGAUCAACUGUUCUUAGUACGAUCAUAGGAAUCGGUUGUGGCUUCCUCUGUCUAAUGGCAGGGACGAUAUUAGCGAUGUGUUCGAGAAUUCGAAGACAGGCUAGGGAAAAACUUCUAUCUGAUAGCAUAAGUUACAUGACCCAUAAGGGUAGGAUCAACUAAACGCGGCCUCUUUGGACGUAUAAGCGAAUUUCUUCUCUUUUCCUUCUUCUUUGUGGCAACUCCGCCGGUACUAGCUUAUCGAGAGAAUCACCGGGGAAACAUUCUCUGUCGGUAAUGAGACGAAGACGUUUGUAAGAAGCGACGCGAUCGGUAAUGAUGCUAAACACAGGUUCGAUCGAUAAAAAAGGUAUUUUCAAUCGACGGUCGAGAAUACAAAUUGCGAGAUACAAGUAAUACAAAUGUAGCUAAAAAUUGUAUAUUUCGGUAAAGCGUGAGAUACUUAGACGAAUAGCUAGAAAAUAAAAUUAGAAAAGUCAAAGAAUAUAUAUUGUGAUAAAUACGAUUAGGCUUAAA